AUGCCUGCUGGAGGGAAACCUUAUGACCAUGAUAUAACUGGAAAUUUUCCCAGACAUCAUGAGCAUCUUAGUCAGCAUCCCAAUGUUCAAACUGGGAUGCAGCCUUUAGAAUACAGUGGAAAAGGGAAAUCCUCUAACACAGAGCCAAUAGAAUUUACCCGUGAAAAUAUUCAUAUGGAUGACACAACCUAUAAAUAUAAUGAAUAUGGGAAAGACUGUGGGAAGUCAGCUGUCAUUGACCAAGAAAUAAACCAGGUAGAAAGGAAAACUUUUCAAUGUGAUGUAUGUGGGAAAAUAUUCUAUAAAAAAUAUGAACUCACUAAACAUCAGAUUAUGCACACAGGAGAGAAGCACUAUAAAUAUACUGAAUGUGAGAAAUCUUUUAUUAAGAAAUUACACUUUACCUCACACCAGAGAACACCUAUGCAGGAGAAGCUUUAUGGUUGUAAUCAACAUGAGAAAUUUUUUUGUCAGAAGUCAGACCUUACAAUGCAUCAGAGAAGUCACACAGGAGAAAUUUACUAUGGAAAUAUUAACUGUGGAAAAAGCUUCUGUGAGAAUUCACUCCUCAGCCAUCCUGAGAGAAAUCACACAGAUGAAAUAUCAGAUGGAUAUAGUGAAUGUAGAAAAAUUUUCUACCAUGAGUCUGCCCUUACUCUAUAUCAGAGAAUAGACACACAUGAGAAACCAUGUAAAGAAUAUAAAAAAACUUUGUACACUAAUAAAUGUGAUAAAACAUUUCACCAAAUGUCACACUGCAGCAGCCUUCAGAGGAUUCACAGAGGUGAGAAACCUUGUGAAUGUAAAGAAUGUAGGAAAGCUUUCCUCUAUAAGUCAGUCCACAUUUUAUAUCAGAGAACUCACACAAGUGAGAAACCAUAUGAAUGUAAAGAAUGUGGAAAAACCUUUAACCGAAAGUCAAACCUCAGCAUGCAUCACAGAAUUCACACAGGUGAGAAACCAUAUGAAUGUGAGGAAUGUGGAAAAGCUUUUAUCCAAAAGGCAGACCUCAGCAGGCAUGAGAGAACCCACACUGGUGAGAAACCAUAUGAAUGUAAAGAAUGUGGAAAAGCUUUUAGUGAAAAGUCAUACCUCAGCAUUCAUCAGAGAACUCACACAGGUGAGAAACCAUAUGAAUGUAGAGAAUGUGGAAAAACUUUUAACCGAAAGUCAAACCUUAGCAUCCAUCAGAGAAUUCAUACAGAUGAGAGACCAUAUGAGUGCAAAGAAUGUGGAAAAGCUUUUAACCAAAAGUCAUACCUCAGCAGCCAUCAGAGAACUCACACAGGUGAGAAACCAUAUGAAUGUAGAGAAUGUGGAAAAUCCUUUAACCAAAAGUCACACCUCAGCCACCACCAGAGAAUCCACACAGGCAAGAAACCAUAUGAACGUAGAGAGUGUGGAAAUACUUUUAAGAAAAAGUCACACCUCAGUAGCCAGAGAACCCAGACAGAUGAGAAACCAUUUAAAUGUAAAGAAUGUGGAAAAUCUUUUAACCAAAAGGUAGACCUCAGCAGGCAUGAGAGAACGCACACAGGUGAGAAACCAUAUGAAUGUAAGGAGUGUGGAAAAGCUUUUACCCGAAAAUCAUACCUCAGCAUUCAUCAGAGAAUUCACACAGGUGAGAAACCUUAUGAAUGUAAAGACUGUGGAAAAGCUUUUACUCAAAAGUCAGAUGUCAGCAGGCAUGAGAGAAUUCACACAAGUGAGAAACCAUAUGAAUGUAAAGACUGUGGGAAAGCAUUUAACCAAAAGUCAUACCUCAGCAGGCAUAAGAGAACUCACACAGGUGAGAAACAGUAUGAAUGUGACUGUGGGAAAGCUUUAAACCAAAAGUCAUACCUCAGAUUUCAUCAGAGAACUCACAUGGGAGAGAAACCAUAUGAAUGUAGAGAAAGUGGAAAAACUUUUAAACAAAAAUCAAACCUUAGCAGUCAUCAGAGAAUUCACACAGGUGAGAAACCAUGA